AUGGCGGACAACGAAACUCGAGAGACCAAUACAACUGAGAAUAGAGUGCUUGACGGAUUAUCGGAACAUGCACCUCAAAACAAAUCUAAGCUUCUCCCCCAAGACGAGCGCGAGGACUCUGACUCUGAGGAGGAACAUACCCAGGAAGAUGGGUCUGAAGAGAAUGAGCCGAAAAGCGAUAGAGCAAAAGAGAAAACUAGAUCUGUGGGGGACUCGCACAAGAAACAUUCAUGCAAGAAGGAGUCUCACAAGAGGGAUCCCAGCAAAAAGCACUCUCACAAAAAAGAGUCGCGGAAGAAACACUCGCAUAAAGACAACAGUGUUUCGAAAAUUGACACUAGAAGCUCUAGCAUGGGCUUCAGUGAUGUGUAUACGGUCCGAACGUUGAAAGUCAUGUGGAAUAAAGGGUUCGCUGACCUCAAAGAUGUCCAAGAGAAACUGGAAAAGCUGGACAAGAAGAAAAAGAAGUUAGAAGAGGAAGAAAAAGAGCUCAAGAAGUGGCUUAAUGAUCUUCAUGAGAAUAUCAAGAAAAAGCGAUCUUGA